AUGCUGGUGCCCGCGGAGGUGCCGGGCGCCGCGCAGGCCCGAGCGCUGCACCAGGUCAACAAGUACGCCAGCGAGCGUGUUGCCGCGCGCCGCGCCGCCGUGGCCAAGAGCCUGCGGGAGGUGGUGAAGGUGGUGCAGGAGGUGCUGAAGGAGGUGGAGGUGCAGGAGCCGCGGGUCAUCUCCUCCCUGGCGGAGGUCAACGGCCGCUUUGAGGGCUUCACGGUGCUCUCGCCCACCGAGUUCGAAGCGGUGCUCUACCUCAACCAGAUGGGCGAGUUCAACUUCGUGGACGACGGGUCCAUCCCAGGCAGUGCCGUGCUCAAGCUCAGCGACGGUCGCAAGCGGUCCAUGUCCCUGUGGGUGGAGUUCAUCACCGCCUCCGGGUACCUCUCGGCCCGCAAGAUGCGCUCCCGCCUGCACACGCUGGUGGCGCAGAGCGUGGACAAGUGUGCGCACCGCGACGCCGUGCGCAUGGUGGGCGACACCAGCGAGGUGCGGCUGCGGGUGCGGGACCGCUACGUGGUGCAGAUCACGCCCGCCUUCAAGUGCUCGGGCGUGUGGCCGCGCUCCGCCGCCCACUGGCCGGCGCCGCACGCCCCUUGGCCGCCGCCCAGCCUGGUGGCGGAGGUCAAGACGGAGGGCUUCGACCUGCUGAGCAAGGAGCCACCUGCCGCCGGGGGGCGCGCUGCGGGGGGCCUGGAAAGCGACGCGUGGGCGCUGUCGUUCGCCGACGCGGAGAACAGGCUGCUGUACGGCGCGGCGCGGCGGCGCGGCCUGGCCAUCCUCAAGACGCUGCGGGACCGCCACCUGGACCUGCCCGGGGAGCCCGUGCCCGCCUACGCCGUCAAGACGCUGCUGCUCUACGAGUGCGAGAAGCACCCGCGGGAGUGCGAGUGGGAGGAGGGCGUGCUGGGGGACCGGCUGGUGGGCGUGCUGCUGCAGCUCAUCACGUGCCUGCAGUGCCGCCGCUGCCCCCACUACUUCCUGCCCGCCAUCAACCUGCUCAGGGGAGCCUCGCCCCCCGCCCUCGAGGCCGCCGCCAAGCAGGCCUGGCGCCUCACGCGGGAGCUGCUCACCAACCCCCGCAGCCUCGAGAAGCUCUGAAGACCGCCCCGCCCCCGCUGCUGCCCCGCCCCGCCUCGCCCCACCCGCCCCGGCACCCUCACCACAUCAUUGUCAUUACUAUUAUUUAUGGCGCCGCCGCCGCGCCGCCGUGUUUAGCUGUGAUAUCCUGAGUUGUGUGCGUCGGGACGUGUACAUAGCGUGUGCGUGUGUGCGCCGCGUGCGUGCGUGUGUGCGUGCGUGCCGGCGCGUGGCCGCUGGGGGUGUGUAGGCGCGUGGGUGGCCCGCCCGCGCCGCGCCCACCCACGCCUUUGUCUGGCGGGCAGUGAGCCUGAGUGUGACCCCGCGACCCUCCCUUUGUAGCCCACACCGACGCCCCGUGUAGCCCAACACUCAGCCUUUGUAGCCCAACGCUGACUAUAACGCCGUACAGGACCCCAGACCCUACCUUUGUAGCCCAAGUGUAAGCUAUCCUCCCUUUGUAGCCCAAUUGUGACUCGCUCCGCAGCCCAAACACGACUCAGGCUCUUCCCUUUGUAGCCCAAGACACCCUUCCUAGCCCAAGCCUCCCUAGACCAAAAUAGCACUAGUUCAAAAAUAGCCCAACCUUCCCGGUGUAGCCAAAAACAGCCCAACGCCCACCCUUUAGCGGUAAAAAUAGCCCAAGUUCCCCUUUCUAUAUGUAAUCACGAGGUUAGUAAUGAUAAAAUAAUAAUAAUAAAUAACAAAAAAAAUAAGUAAUUGUUUCCAUUAAAUGUUCCGAAAUCUUUAGUCCGCUUUCCCUCCCUUUCCUUCCUCCCUCUCUCCCUUCUUCCUCCCCCCUCCCUUUACUGCCCUAUGUAGUGUGUGAAGGUGACUUGUAUUGAUAAAGAGGAAAUGAAAGAAAAUGAUAGAAAGGAAAAUGCGAAUAAGACGCUGAUUAGAGAGAAAAAGAUGGUGAAUUUAACGAGGAUGAGGAGAGAGAGAAUUUAAAUGAAUAUGAAUUAAGAGGGAAGAUGUAAAUUAAAGAGAAAUGAAAAGUGGAAAUGAAGGUGAAAAGUAAUAAGAGGAAUAUGAGGAUGAAUAAGUAUGGGAAGAAGAGAAAGGUGAAUGAAUUAAAUUUAAAGAAACUGAAGGUAUGAUGAGAAGUGUCGAAAACAAGAAAAAUGGUGAGAUGAAUAUGAAGUGAUGAUGAAAACGAAUAUGAUGAAAAAUAAUUACAAUGAAGAAAGUGAAUAUAACGAAUCUGAAUGUGAAAAUUAAGGUGAAGAAGAGAGAAGAUGAAUAUUAAAUGAAAAUGUAACUGAAAAUCAAACUUGGAUAUAAUGAAAAUGAAUGAAAAUGUGCAAAUACGAUGAUGACAUGACAAUGAAUAUGACUCAAUAAGGAACAUGAAUACAAUAAACAGACAAUGCAGAAAAUGAGCGUAGUGAAAAUAAUGAACAAAUAAACGAAUAUGAUGAAAAUGAGUAAACAGUCAGUGGCUAUUGUACUUAAGAAGAGACGAACAUGAACUGAUUAUAUUAUUGAUGAAAAUGACUCACUCUCGUGUGUACUUAAGGACGUGAAUGUGACCUGGCGUGUGAAUUUUACCUGUGACAUUUUUUUUAAUUAAGUGAAGGUGUGUUAUAAACUUUCACCUUUUACCUGUCCUUCCCUUACCUUCGCUUACCUGUCCCUCCCUCCCUAUACAGUCUGUUAUUUUAUCUAUCUUUACCUUCCAGUCUUCCUACCUUAUGUUACUUUUCCUCCCUUUCUCCCUUUCUUCAGUUGCUUACCUCACUCCCUCCCUCCCUCCCUCCUCGACCUUCUCCACCAUAUUAAAUUUCUUCUUUAACUUCCUUCAUUUUUUUCUUUCUUCCUUUUUUUCAUUUAUUUUUCCCUUGCAGUUUUCCCUUCCUUCCUUUCCUUUCUUAUCCACCUAUCUAUAUCUAUCUAUCUAACUACCUACUUAUCAAUCUGUCUACCUCUAUCUACUUCCUUCCUUCCUUCCCUUCCUUCCCUCCUUCACUAUACCUACACUAAGUCAACGCGUUAUAUACAUUAUUUAUUGUGUCGUCUUGUAAGAGUUGUCAAAUACAGGAUUAAGUCGUGAACAGC